UAUUCACCGGCCAACAGUCCUGGAAACGAGUCCUGUCCCAUUUGUCUGGAGGACUUCAGAGAAAGUGAACUCCUGACGAAAGUGAAGUGUGGACACCUGCACCACGUUGAAUGCAUGCUCGAAUGGUUCUUCGUCCGCGUCACGUGCCCAUACUGCCGAUUCGAAAUU